AUGACUUCCAACCGCCAAUAUGACCUGGUUCUAUUGGGCCCAACGGGCUACACAGGCCAAUUCUGCGCCGAGCACAUUGUGCAGAAUCACCCCACCGACCUGAAAUGGGCCAUUGCUGGCCGCUCCAUGCAGAAGAUGGAGCCCAUUGCUCAACAGCUCAAAGCUCUCAACCCAGACCGCGUUGAGCCAGAUGUCCUGGUCGUCCAACUCAAUGCGACUGAGCUCAAGGAGCUUGCCCAAAAGACGCGGCUCGUUAUCAACUGUGUGGGUCCCUACCACUUGUAUUCGACCCCAGUGGUGGAGGCAUGCGCUACCAACGGGACUCACUACGUCGAUGCGACUGGUGAAACGCCAUGGAUCAAGUCGAUCAUCGAGAAGUACCAUGAGACCGCCAAAGCCAAUGGCGCAAUUAUGAUCCCCUCGGCCGGAGUUGAGAGUGCGCCAGCUGAUAUUCUAGCCUGGUCCCUCGUCAAGCGAGUUCGAGAAGACUUGUCCUCGCAGACGCGCGAGAUCAACAGCACCAUCAAAGAAAUGAAAUCCUCCGGACCAAGCGGCGGCACCCUAAACACAGUCCUGACAAUGUUCGACUCGCUCCCAGCAUCUGAGCUUAUGAAAUCAAUGACCCCCUUCGCCCUAGCAGCUUCAGCCCCACCAAAGACUAUUCCUAGCGACUCAAUCCUCAACAAGGUCCUGGGCUUCCGCUCAAUCCGCGAUCUGGGAACAGUGACAACAUCCCCCUCGGGAAUGGUCGACAUCACCCUGGUGCACCGCAGCAGCACCCUCAUGCCCGAGCUUUACGGCAAGUCUUUCUAUUUCAGACAGUUCUUGUCGGUCCGCAACGCCUUCAUCGGUCUAGCCGUGCACAUCGGUUUUACGGUUGGUGUAAUGCUCCUCGCGCUCCCGCCUGUACGCUGGCUCCUGCGGAAAUUCAUCUUCGCGCCUGGUAGCGGACCGCGCCGCGAAGAUUCGACGAAUGAUCGUCUGGAGUACCAUGCCAUCGCUACACCCGAGGGUGAGCAGACCAAGCGCGUCUUUGGUAAGAUUACCUUCGAGGGUGGUAUGUACCUUUUCACUGGGUUGUUGCUUGCGGAGGCUGCUAUGGUUAUUCUGAAUGACGAGGAGACUAUCAAGAAGGUCUCGCGUGGUGGUAUUGUCACCCCUGCUACCAUGGGACAGGGCUUUGUCGAUCGUCUGGAGAAGGUUGGCUGCAAUAUCGAGACUAGGGUGUACCAGUAUUAA